AUGCCUGCACUUGGCUUAGGAACAGGUGGUUAUGGAUCGGGUGGACCACCACAGGGCCAGCAAAUGGUUGGCAUAAUUGAUGAGGCGAUCGAUAUCGGGUACAGACAUAUCGAUACGGCCAGUGGUUAUCGCAACGAGGAAGCCGUCGGACAGGCUAUCAAUAAAUCUAUAGCUAAUGGUUGUGUCAAAAGAGAGGAUUUAUUUGUAACGACAAAAGUCUUCUAUGAGGUGCCGCAUGUCCACGACAUACCGGGCCACACGCUAAGCUCAGUGCGACUAUCAUUAAAUAAGUUAGCCUUAGAUUACGUCGACUUAAUGCUGUUUCAUCACCCGUCCAAUGACCCGGCUGUCAACGCUCAGGUCUGGCUCGGACUGGAGAGAGCCCUCAGUGAAGGUCUGGUCAAAGGGAUAGGAGUUUCCAAUUUCAACGCUAAUCAAUUGGAAAGGCUGUUAAGCGCAGCACAAGUAGUGCCGGCUGUGAAUCAAAUUGAAAGUCACCCGAAAUGCAGUCAACGCGAUCUGAUUGAAGUGUGUCGGAGGUAUGGCAUACAAGUGACCGCAUACUCACCCCUCGGCGCCGGAAGUCUCGUACGAAACGAGUCGAUCGCCACUAUUGGGCGCACGUAUGGUAAGAGUGCGGCACAGGUUAUGAUCAGAUGGCAGAUACAGAGGGGUUUGGCUGUC